GGAGCAGCUCCACUAUAAAAGCCGGUCCGGCCGCCACCACAGCAUCACACACCUCGCUGACGGCUAGCGACAUGAACGCUCUGGUGGCUCUCUCCGCCCUGGUGGCUGCGGCUUCGGCCCAGCUCGCCCUGCCCUACGCUGGCCUGUACAACGCCGGCCUGUACAGCGGCUACAACGGCUAUGCCGGCUACAACGGCCUCUACCCGGCCGGCUACACCGGCUACAACGGCUUCUACCCCACCACCUACACCGGCGGCUACCACCCGGCUGGCUACGCCGGCUACGGCUACGCGGCGCCCUACAGCUACGCGUCCACCUACCACGCCCAGGACGAGCUGGGCCAGGCGUCGUACGGACACGUGCAGGCCGACCAGGCCCACUCGGCCGUGCGCGACGCCUACGGUAACGUGGUCGGCAGCUACAGCUACCUGAACCCCGAGGGCGAGACCAUCACCGUCAAGUACACGGCCGGCGCCAACGGCUUCCAGGUGGCCAGCAACGCGCUGCCCGUGGCGCCCGUCGACACCGGCGUGGCGCCCGUCGAGACGCGCACGGCGCCCAUCGACACCGGCGUGGCGCCCCUGCCGGUCGACUUCACGCCCGAGGUCAAGGCCGCCACCGCCGAGCACCUGGCCGCCGUCGAGGAGGCCAAGAGCCGCAACAAGCGCAGCCUGGUCUUCCCCACGCCGUCCGUCUACGCCGGCGUGCCCGCCUUCUACUCGGCCGGCUACGGUCUGGCGCCCGCCCCGGCCGUCACCUACUCGGCCGGCGCCGGCUACCCGGCAGAGCUGACCGAGGUCAUCCUCAACCCGGGACACGCCACCGCCUACCGGGUCGACCCGGUCGCCUAGAGCGUCCGCCGCCCGUUCAUGUCGCUAGUCUGUCUCUGGAGUCAGCCG